UUGCUCAGUUGUCUGCUUCAGUAGUUGACCACAGUUUUGUUGCUUGCCCUUAAUUGCACGUGUAUAGACGCUACUGAACUGUAAGCUUUCCGAAGCAGAAACUACGAAAUCGACUAUCAGUCGCCAAUUUUUUAUUUGAUUGUUGCAGAAAAAGUAGGUUAAAAUAUCAGACACGAAAUGUUUCGCUUGUUCGAAUUGACUGUGGUGGCAGUGCUUAUGUGUUAUGUGACACAUGCUUUUUGUAGGACAUGUGAAAAAUCAUGGAUGGACGAUAUUGAUUGGCAAAAGGUUAAUGAAAAAACGUGGUUCGAUGUUGUCGAUGUGCCUCAUAUACAGAAACCACUUGGAUGUUGGAAUUUUGAAAAUUUCACAGUUACCGAAGACGAAAUAACGGCCGCUGUAUGGGAAUCAAGCAUAGGACGAAUUAAUUCGCAUCGACUUCGCCUAGUCCGUGGAUCUCAAUUUUAUCGAGCUUUGGAGUAUAAUGUCCCAACAUUUCAGUCUUUGUAUGAUGACUUCGAAAAACAGAACAGAAAAAUAGAACCUCAGCAAGUUUUAGAUGAAGAAACACAGAAAUACCUUGACGCGGAAUGGACUUUUCUGACAGACUAUGAAAAUUAUUUCAUUAUUGUUCUUAACUUCGAAUCAGACUGGGGUGCUUUUGUCAAGGCACCAAGCCCACAGAUUACUGUUGAGCAACUUCAGAUGAUUUCCAACGUAUUGGUUGCAAACGAGCUGCCUGUUUCAACGAUGGUGUUGAAGAAUGAAUGUGUUCGCGAACAGGAUCUCAGUCGUAAUCCGACUACGAUUGUUUUGAUGAAUUGAUUUGAAGUAAAAAACUUUUAUGGUAAUUCAUUCAACUGGAAGUUGAAGAAGUCAUCUACAGACUUUUCAACUCAUUUUUCAACAUCUCUGUUUACUUCUCAUGGUAGGUAUUCUUUACACAGACAAAAGAACUCUUGAUGAUAGAAUUUUUGUUAUAUCAAUUCAAUUGUUUUCCUUCGUUCAGUUGAUCAUUACAAAUAGAAAUUUAACUUGUAGGAUAUUGAACUUUUCGCAAUUAAAUAAAUGUUAAUAGGCAAAAAGAUUAAAAAAGAUGUU